UGUCACCAAAUCGCUCUCAGCCCUAACAAUAACGAACACCCAUCCAAUGGCCCUAGCUUUUGAAGAUCGAAGUCAGCUCGCCUGCCUGGUGGUACAUGUACAUAAACCAAUAAUAAUAAUGAUAAAUAGCGGCAAUAUGCCCAGUAUGACGUGUGUUCAGCAGCAUCCGUGUUUUCCGUCUCAGGCUCUGCAAGUCCGCAGUUACAUACAUAAACCUCUCCCUUAUCAAUCUCGCGCCAGCCAGGGAUAUAUGGAAGCUAGCUAUGAACCCAGUCUGGCAAUUCCCUGUCCUGUCAAGAGUAAGUUAGCUCAUUAUUAGCCGAAGAUAGAAAUUUAGUACUUUCAUUAGAAGGUUUGUUUUACCCUCGAACUAUUAUUUCUUAGUUCUUCUCUAGAAGGCUUCCUGUUAAAGACGCCGUCCGAUGGAAUCCCUCCGGUUUCUCACAGCAGCAAAUUGUCUUUUACGCAGUAAGUCCCCGGUGAACCCUCACUUCCCAGCUUCGUUACCAAAGCCAUUCUCUCCGCUCUCAAAAGCUAGCUACAUAACUGAUUGCACGGAUUAUUCCCCAACAAGCACCCUCUGCCUGUAGACGGUGCUUAAAAAUAGAACUGAACAGGAUAUUGCAAAGUAUCUUAGAUACGACACGUACAUGUACUUUCCCCUCCCCUUCCCUCGAGGGGUCGGUUAAAAAAAACUCAAGUAAAAACGAACUAUUGGACAAGUGAAACAUAACAAAAAGCCACCCCCGGCAUGACAUAUUAGCCGCAGCUGGGCUAGCUGGGCUGAGCACCUAACACGAUGGCGAGGAGGUUACACAGUGCAGUGGGGGGAGGGGAGGGGGGGGGGAAGAAGAGCA